UGUGCUCGCCGCCGGCCAGCGCGGCUUUGUGCCCCUCCAGCCUUGGCCUGCAGCGUCCGCGGCACCAUGAUUUCCACCAAGGAGAAGAAUAAAAGCCCGAAAGACAGCAUGACGCUUCUGCCCUGCUUCUACUUCGUGGAGCUGCCCAUCGUGGCGUCCUCCAUCGUGUCCCUGUACUUCCUGGAGCUGACCGACCUCUUCAAGCCGGCCAAGGUGGGCUUUCAGUGCUACGACCGCACACUGUCCAUGCCCUACGUGGAGACCAGCGAGGAGCUCAUUCCGCUGCUCAUGCUGCUCAGCCUGGCCUUCGCAGCCCCCGCCGCCUCAAUCAUGGUGGGCGAGGGCUUGCUGUACUGCCUGCAGUCGCGGCUCUGGAGCCGCAGCAGCGGGGGGCCCGGCGGGGCGGAGGGCAGCAUCAACGCAGGUGGCUGCAACUUCAACUCUUUCCUGCGGCGCACGGUGCGCUUUGUCGGCGUCCACGUUUUCGGGCUCUGUGCCACCGCCCUGGUGACGGACGUCAUCCAGCUGGCCACCGGCUACCACGCACCCUUCUUCCUCACUGUGUGCAAGCCCAACUACACACUGCUGGGGACCUCGUGUGAGGCGAACCCCUACAUCACGCAGGACAUCUGCUCGGGCCACGAUACCCACGCCAUCCUGUCUGCACGGAAGACCUUCCCGUCACAGCACGCCACGCUCUCGGCCUUCGCCGCAGUCUACGUGUCGGUGAGUGCGUCCCCGCCCGCAGCCCUCAUGCGGCCACCCCGUGGGAGCCGGCCGCCUGCUGACUGCCGCUCCCCGCAGAUGUACUUCAACUCUGUCAUCUCGGACACCACCAAGCUGCUCAAGCCCAUCCUGGUGUUUGCCUUCGCCAUCGCUGCCGGCGUGUGCGGGCUCACCCAGAUCACCCAGUACCGCAGCCACCCUGUGGACGUCUAUGCUGGCUUCCUCAUCGGGGCUGGCAUCGCCGCCUACCUGGCCUGCCACGCGGUGGGCAACUUCCAGGCUCUGCCUGCAGAGAAGUCCUCGGCCCCGGCGCCCAUCAAGGACCCGCUGAGGGCGCUGGCGCAGCGCGGCCAUGACUCGGUUUACCAGCAGAGCAAAUCGGUGAGCACGGACGAGCUGGGCCCGUCGGGGCGCUCGGAAGGGGCGCCGCGGCCUGCAGCGCGCGAGAAGACCUCGCUGGGCAGCCUGAAGCGCGCCAGCGUGGACGUGGACCUGCUGGCCCCGCGCAGCCCCAUGGGCAAGGAGAACAUGGUAACCUUCAGCAACACGCUGCCGCGGGUCAGCACACCCUCACUCGAUGACCCCGCGCGCCGCCACAUGACCAUCCACGUGCCGCUCGACGCCUCCCGCUCCAAGCAGCUCAUCAGCCAGUGGAAGCAGAAGGCACAGGAGGGGCGCGCGCUGGGGCUCCCCGACGAGGCCAGCCCUGCGCACCUGCGCGCGCCCGCCGAGCCCAUGGCCGAGGAGGAGGAGGAGGAAGAGGAGGACGAGGACGAAGAGGAAGAGGAGGACGAGGAAGAAGAGGAGGAAGUGGAAGAGGACGGGGGCCCCGCGCCACCCACGCUGUAUCCCACCGUGCAGGCGCGGCCCGGGCUGGGGCCACGCGUGCUGCUCCCGCAGCGCCCAGGCCCGCAGCCACUCGUGCACAUCCCCGAGGAGGGCGUGCCGGCGGCGGGCACGGGUCUGUCCCCCAAGAGCGGCGCCGCGGUGCGUGCCAAGUGGCUGGUGAUGGCGGAGAAGGGCACAGCCGCUGUGCCCGCAGCCACGGCGCCACCCCGCGCACCCAACCCACCGCGCCUCCUGCAGGUGAUCGCCAUGUCCAAGGCGCCGGGCGCCAAGGCGGCGGCCGAGACGGCGUCGUCGUCCAGCGCCAGCUCGGACUCCUCGCAGUACCGCUCGCCGUCGGACCGCGACUCGGCCAGCGUGGUCACGGUGGACGCGCACGCACCGCACCACCCCGUGGUGCACCUGUCGGCGGCCGGGGCACCCUGGGAAUGGCGGGCGGCGGGCAGCACGGCGCGGGCACCCGAGGGCGACAGCGGCUACGAGCUGGGGGACCUGGCCCGUGCUUUCCGUGCAGGCCCCCGGCCCCCGGGCACGUCCCCUGGCUCAUCUGUCAGCGACGCGGAGCAGGAGGAGCCGCGCUUCGCGGCCGUGGCCACCGUGAACCUGGCCACAGGCGAGGGGCUGCCUCCACCCGGCGCGGCGGACGGGGCGCUGGGGGCUGGCAGUCGAGAGGCUACACUGCGGCGCCCGGUGGGCGGGCCAGGCCCCAGCGACCGCGAGGUGGGCGAGGCGGAGGCGGAGAGCUACUACCGCAGGAUGCAGGCCCGCCGCUUCCCGGACUGAACGCAGGACAUGGGGGCGCGCGGGAGGGGACCCGGGCGGGGUGUCUGGAGAUCAAUAAAGAGACCACUUCCUGAAA